GGCUCAUUACCAAAUAAUCUCACAACACUCACACUCUCUCGUUAUUUUAACCAGGUAGUUCCACUGGGCACAUUACCAAAUAGUAUCACAACACUCACAUUCGGUCGUAGUUUUAACCAAGUAAUUACACCCGGCACAUUACCAAAUAAUCUCACAACACUCACAUUCGGUGAGUGUUUUAACCAAGUAGUUCCACCCAGCAUAUUACCAAAUAGUCUCACAACACUCACAUUCGGUUAUUUUUUUAACCAAGUAGUUCUACCCGGAACUUUACCAAAUAGUCUCACAACACUCACAUUCGGCAAUGAGUUUAACCAAGUAGUUCUACCCGACACAUUACCAAAUAGGCUCACAACACUCACAUUCGGUAAUGAGUUUGACCAAGUAGUUCUACUCGGUACAUUACCAAAUAGUCUCACAAAACUCACAUUCGGUGAUAGUUUUAACCGAGUGGUUCUACCCGACACAUUACCAAAUAGUCUCACAUCACUCACAUUGAGUAGUUGUUUUAACCAAGUAGUUCUACCCGGAACUUUACCAAAUCGUCUCACAACACUCACAUUCGGUCGUUGUUUUAAACAUGCAGUUACACCUGGCACAUUACCAAAUAGUCUCACAACCCUCACACUCACUAAUUUUUUUAACCAGAUAGUUCUACCCGGUACAUUACCAAAUAGUCUCACAACACUCACAUUCCGUAAUGAGUUUGACCAAGUAGUUCCACCCGGCACAUUACCAAAUAGUCUCACAACACUCACAUUCGGUAAUAAGUUUGACCAAGUAGUUCUACCUGGCUCAUUACCAAAUAGUCUCACAACACUCACAUUCGGAUAUGGUUUUAACCAGAUAGUUCUACCCGGCUCAUUACCAAAUAGUCUCAUAACACUCACAUUCGGUGAUAAGUUUAACCAGAUAGUUCUACCCGGCUCAUUACCAAAUAGUCUCACAAAACUCACAUUCGGUGAUGGUUUUAACCAAGAAGUUCUACCCGACACAUUACCAAAUAGUCUCACAACACUCAUAUUCGGUGGUUUUUUUGACCAAGCAGUUCUACCUGGCUCAUUACCAAAUAGUCUCACAACACUCACAUUCGGUGAUGAGUUUAACCAAGUAGUUCUACCCGGCACAUUACCAAAUAGUCUCACAACACUCACAUUCGGUCGUAGUUUUAACCAAGUAGUUCUACCCGACUCAUUACCAAAUAGUCUCACAACACUCACAUUCGGUCGUAGUUUUAACCGAGUGGUUCUACCCGGCUCAUUACCAAAUAGUCUCAAAACACUCACAUUCGGUGAUUUAUUUAACCAAGUAGUUCCACCCGGCUCAUUACCAAAUACUCUUACAACACUCACAUUCGGUCGUAGUUUUAACCGAGUGGUUCUACCCGGCACAUUACCAAAUAGUCUCACAACACUCACAUUCGGUCGUAGUUUUAACCAAGAAGUUCUACCUGGUACAUUACCAAAUAGUCUCACAACACUCACACUCAGGCGUUAUUUUAAGCAAGAAUUUCUACCCCCCUCAUUACCAGAUAGACUCAUAACACUCACAUUGGGUCCUACAAAGUUUUACAUAGGGAUUACAAUUUAG